UGUAAGAUUUAGUUAUUUCUGAAUGGAACCUGGCAGCAGGCAGGAAUUCUGCCGUUUGCCAGUGACGGAACGCGGCCUGUCCUGCGUUGCCAUGGUGACGGCGAAACUCGACGACCGGAGGAAGAAAGUUUUAAAAGCAGAAAAAGUUCCGGUUUCAGCUGCUUGUAACUGACAGGUGAAGAUGAGCAGUGCUGUAGCAGGGCAGCGCAGGACCGGGUCGUUAUUACCGGAAAUUAGCACCUGCAGGAGCAAACGGAGGAGAAGCAAUCAGUACAGCACGUUGAAGCAGGAGUUCUUCCAGUCUGGAUCGUUGUCAGAUAAAUCAGAUGAAACUCUGACCAGAGGAGAAACUGCACAGUUCAGACACAGUGUGAAGCAGAACAUCUGUGUGCAGAUGCUUCAGGAAGGAUACCACAGGUCGUUUGCGGAGUUCUUCUUCCUGCUGCAGUCGGACCAGGAUCGGAGGGCGGCGGCUGAACCUGGAUCAGCUCUCAGGCUUCAGACUCCUCUGGAGGAGCAGCGAGAUAAACUGGAGACCAUGAGGCUGCACCUGAAUCAGGCUGAGCAGGCUGAACGGACCGGUUCCUGGUCCACGGUGUGUGAGCAGCGUCUGUUUUUGGGUCGGUACUUCUCGGCUCCGGAGGAUCUGUUGCUGAGUUUGCACUUCUACCACAGCUGUGCAGACCGAGAGCAAGGGGGGAGCUCGAGACCGGCCACCGAGGCCCGGGCCUGCAUGGCCGAGCUCUACCUGCAGCAAGGAGAGCUGCAGGAGGCGAGGCGGCAGGCGGAGCUGUGCCUGAAGCAGGCGGAGGACGGCAGCUGGCUGGACUUGACCGGUCGGCCCCUGAGGCUCCGGGCCCUCCAGGCGCUGUGGGGGAUCUACGACCGGCUCGCUGACAUUCCACUGGACGCCGCGAACCACAGCGAGGCCCUGGAGCUGCUCCACAAGGGACACAACAUGGCCGCUGAGUCUGAAGACAAACACAUCGAGGGGGAGGCGGCCUAUCGACUGGGACUGGCCUAUCAGCUCACAGGAGACCAUGACACGGCUAAAAAGUUCUUCAACUCCUCCAUGCAGAUCUGUGGCACGCUGCAGGACGCAGACGGACUGGGAAAGGCCUACAAGGCUAUGGCCAAGUCUAUGGAGAGUGAAGGCAACAUAGAUGAGACUGUUCGGUGUCUGGAGAAGUUAAUCGACGUCACUCGAAGCAACGGACUGCAGCACAACCUGGCCGACGCCUGCAUCUGUCUGGGCAAUCUCUACUACAGCAUGGGUCAGUACAGUCGAGCCUGUGACUGUUUCCUUCAGGGUUACAAAGUCGCCUGUAACAUCGGAGACGUGGCUCUGCUGCAGAGAGCACAGCUGUGGGUGGCCAGCGCUCGCGCUCACUCCAUGAUCAGGAAAUACAGCACUGACGUGGAGUCGGCGUCUCCUGCCGCCCUGAGACGACUGGUAGUCUGGAAGGAGACCAGAGGACAUGAGGAGCUCAGUCCAGACUCUACAGAUCCCACUGCUACAGCCCGAUGGAUUGCCUUAAAAUUUGUUGCAUAUGUCCGUGUUUCCCUGAGGAUGGAUCCAACCAACUCUGGUGAUGCUGACUCACCAACUAUCGGAUGGAUCACCAUGAAAUCACCACUGCACCUAAAGGCCAAGUUAUGCUGGGAAAGAGUGACCUGCUGAGCGUUUAUAGUCUGAACAUAAAACAGACAUUACGUAACAGAGGAAACUGUGGAUUUCUUAAUCAGCCGAUGUCGGGCUCCGUCCUUCAGAUCUCAGCUCCUGUGUGUUCGAUAAUUAUCUGAUAAACAGACAGAAAAUCUGUCAAACAGAUAAAAUCAUCAGAACUCAACAUGUUAUGAACCAUGUGGACAAACAGAGGAGCAGACGAUGAGUCAGUCCAUCAGCUGUUGGAGUAUCUGUGUCUGUGCAGCAGAGGAAAUGACGAAGACGAGGAGGAUGAAGGUCUAAAUAUCUCACAGCGACUUCAUCUCCAUUACAGUAUGUAUCGUUUGAUGAAAUAGAAAUAAACAUUUUAUUUCUAGUA